AUGACUUUCGUUGGUUAUUCUUCCGAGAGCAAAGCCUAUAGAUGUCUGGAUAUUAAAACUGGACAGAUUGUGAUAAGCAGAGAUGUCAAAUUUUUGGAAACCAUGAAUGAAGGUAAAGAGGCUGGUAGGAAUGAAGGUAAAAAGGUUGGAAGAAAUCCUGACGAAUCUGGUGAAAUUGCAGUACUUACUGAAGUUCCAGUUUCUUCAGCCGAAAAGCAAGAAAAUGAAGAUUCCCCAGACGAGUUUUAUUCCGAUAGUGAAAACGAAGCGAUUGCUGAUGAAAAUGUGCGUCAGUCGAGUCGUGCAAAUUUUGGCGUAGCACCGGAAAGGCUAAUGAUUGGUAUUUGA